AUGCCUCUAUCUUCUUGCAUCCUCAAACGAAGAAAGAAAACGAAGAAAACAAGCUCUCUCAACGAAAUGGUGCUGGAGAAGCAGCCACCAGUUCACCGCCGCCACCAUUUUUGUGAUCGUUCGGCACUAUUACUGAAGCAAGACAAAAGGGUAGGAGGGAUUAAAGCUGCACUUUUCGUCUAUGCGACGGAAGGGCUGGAGAGCACGGCGUUUACAGCAAAUGCAGUGAGCAUGGUGACCUAUUUUAUAGGGUAUAUGAACUUCAGCUUGACGAAAUCUGCAAACACGCUUACAAACUUCAUGGGAAUAACAUUCACUCUUGCACUCUUAGGAGGAGUCCUUGCUGAUACAUGUUUGACGAGAUUCACCAACUGUGUCCUUUUUGGAUUCCUGGAAUUGCUGGGAUAUGUCCUGCUGACAGUACAAGCACACUUCGACCAACUGAGGCCAACUCCUUGCAUGGAUAAUUCAAAGCAAUGCGAGCCUGCGAGUACAGGCGAGGCAGCAAUUCUUUACAUUGGUCUAUGCCUGGUGGCGCUUGGAACCGGUGGAAUUAAGGCGGCUUUGCCAUUGUUGGGAGCUGACCAGUUCGACAGCAAGGACCCGAAAGAGGCAAUUCAACUUUCAAGCUUUUUCCACUGGUUCAUGUUUAGUAUGACAGUUGGAUCUUUAGCUGGGGUCACUUUUGUAGUGUGGGUAAGUUCUAACAAAGGUUGGGAUUGGGCAUUUGGAGCCUGCACUGUAUUAGCCUUGCUUGAAAUUCUGUUUCUCUGCAUUGGCAAGCCAUUUUAUAGGGAUAAUUCACCCAAAGGAAGUCCUGUUAUUCGAAUCCUACAGGUACUUGUUGCAGCCAUCCGCAACCGACACCUUACAAUACCAAGGAAGGAAGAUGAACUACAUGAGAUUUAUGACAAAGGAACAGUGGUGGAGUCAAAUGAGAUUAUUCAGAGAACCAGUCAGUUUAGAUUCUUGGAUCGAGCAGCAGUUCAUGAUGAGCCCUCUUGGGGUGCAUCAGCAUCAUCGACUCCAGGACCCUGGAAGCUUUGUACAGUGACCCAAGUAGAAGAAACCAAGAUUUUACUUCGCAUGCUCCCAAUCGUACUUAGCACAAUUUUUUUAAGUACUUGUUUGGCUCAACUCCAAACAUUUUCCGUACAACAAAGCAUGACCCUGAACACUCAUAUAUUUGGUUUUAAAAUCCCUGCUCCCUCCCUUCCUGUCAUUCCCCUGAUAUUCAACUUGAUUUUCUUUGCAAUUUAUGACCGCAUUUUCGUUCCACUUGCCCGAAGAACAACAGGAAUUCCAACAGGAAUCCGGCAUCUUCAGCGAGUUGGAGUGGGAUUGGUGCUCUCAACCAUUUCCAUGGCAAUCUCUGGAGUCAUUGAAACCAGGCGUAAAUCUGUGGCAUAUAAGCACGACAUGGUGGAUUCUAACGAGCCUCUGCCUAUGAGUGUGUUUUGGCUUGAAUUCCAAUACGUCGUAUUUGGGUUGGCUGAUAUAUUCACAUUGGUGGGGCUGCUGCACUUCUACCAUGCGGAGAGCUCAGCUGGUAUGAAAGGUACGAGCACAGCGCUCCUCUGGUUUUCACUAGCAAUUGGCAGUUUUAUGAGCUCAGUGGUGGUGGAGGUGGUGAACAAGGCCAGCGGAGGUUGGUUGGCUUCAAACAACCUCAACAGAGAUAAGUUAAACUAUUUCUACUGGUUAUUAUCAGCGUUGAGUACUCUUAACUUUCUCAUUUUUUUGAUGUGUGCCUCUUGGUACAAAUAUAAGAAAGUGGAGGAAAGGAAGCAAGAAGAAAAUUCUCUCCAUGGUUAUGCUGAUUAA